GCUGCCCUUUCCCCAGGGGGUGGCGUUCUCUCCCGGUAUGGACACCCGGGCUGCGGCCGUCCGGCGUUCUAUAUCGGGCGGCCGCAACAGUGGCAUGGCGAUGGAAGCAGUGGAUCUGACACAGGAUACGCCUGCACCUGUGGUGUAUGAAGUGGAGGUGGAAAUUGAAGGCACAGAGAGACCAUGCAGUCCUGAGACAUUGGACACAGCGUCUGAAGAGACCCCCUGUAUGGGCAGAGGUUUGUGGAAGUUGAAUUCAUCUCUCCUGGAAGAUGCGACAAUAAGACAAUCCUUCGAGGAGUUCUUUCAGGGCCAGGAACCGUUAGUGGACCUCUGCAACAGUAAGUCAGAGUGGUGGGAGAUGUUUAAAACAAGGACGGCGAGGUUUUUCCGAGAGCUUUCGUACCUCAGGUGCCAAGACAGAAAUAAUCUGUACCAGGAACUGAGGAAGAAACUUGAAAGUCUGGUCUCGACGGGAGGUAGCCGCGAGGAUAUCUCUCGUGUGAAGUCCUUGCUUAAGAGGUGUCAGUACGAUAGGUACGCAUCUUUGGUUGUCGAGAGGGAUUUUGGGAAGUACCGCUCGCCCAACCCUUACGGCAACUGUAAGAUGUCAGUAAAACGUAAGCUAGGUGACAGGCCUGAUUGA